AUGCAUCCAACGGCUCGAAUCGUAGGAGGCGAAGAUGCCGCAUUCGGCGAAUGGCCUUGGCAGAUCUCUCUCCGCCAAUGGAGGACCUCCACGUAUCUGCACAAGUGCGGGGCUGCCCUACUCAAUGAAAACUGGGCCAUCACGGCUGCGCACUGCGUCGAUAACGUUCCACCUAGUGACCUGCUACUCCGCCUAGGCGAACACGAUCUGUCCACCCAAUCCGAGCCGUAUUUGCACGAAGAGCGACGUGUACAGAUCGUCGCAUCGCAUCCCCAGUUCGACCCGCGUACUUUCGAGUACGAUUUGGCACUACUGCGUUUCUAUGAACCUGUCAACUUCCAGCCGAACAUAUUGCCCGUUUGUGUGCCGCAGACUGAUGAAGAUUUCAUCGGAAGGACGGCAUACGUCACGGGAUGGGGUAGAUUGUAUGAAGAUGGCCCGCUGCCGAGCAUCCUCCAGAAAGUGUCAGUGCCAGUGAUAAACAACAGCGUCUGCGAGCAGAUGUACCGCUCGGCAGGCUACAUCGAGCACAUCCCUCACAUCUUCAUCUGCGCGGGUUGGCGAAGAGGCGGGUUCGACUCCUGCGAAGGCGACUCGGGAGGACCGAUGGUUAUCCAGAGAGAAGACAGGCGGUUCCUGCUUGCCGGAGUCAUAUCCUGGGGGAUAGGAUGCGCAGAGCCUAACCAACCGGGGGUGUAUACCAGGAUCAGCGAGUUUAGGGACUGGAUCAAUCAGAUUCUGCAGUUCUAA